AUGAAUAGAUUUGACACUAGAAACAAGUAUAGUUUUCAGACAACAAACGCCUUUCGACCGCCUGUUGCUUGGAAAGACCUUCUCGAUGCAGAUGAAUUCUACAUUAUUUUUUUCAAAGUAGGACAUAUGCCCAAUUUUCUCGAAAAGAAAAACCAUUUAGUUGCAUUCAAAAAUUAGAAAUGACGAGGAUCUCUGUAUGAAAAGCAUGAACUGUCUGAUCCAACUCGCUUCUCUGACGGGAGACUGUAUACCGGUAAUUUCCUUCUUGUUUCCGUUCUCAAGUUUCUUCCAGGUUCAAGACCCAGAAAGCAGUAUUCGCUAUGUAACUCUGUAUAUUUCUAACCUUUUAGACUUGUUCAGGGAAGGUAAACGAAUUUUCUAAUCUACUUUCACUGUUUUUUGCUAAAUUUAGGUCCUUUACCCUGGGAAGUUAAUCAUUUCUGCACAAUCAUCAAUCGUUUAUUUUUGUAUCGACCUUUGAGCUCAAUUCUGAAACUUGACGCGAAUCUCCGCGCUCAAUUCUUCAAGUUCCUCACCGAGUACACUUUGUACUUGACUCGCGAUGCGAUGAGCAAAGCCAUAGUGAGUGGAACUCGUCUCGUUGGUCAUCUACAGGUUGAAUGUCAGGGACAAGGCAUCCAUUCGGAACACACGUCGCUGUCCGUGAUCUACGACGCCGUAGUGGUCCUUCUGCGCGGUCGCUGGCGUGUAACCGUGAGAGACGAAGAGGAGGAGCAGCUGAUUGGUCGGUUUUAGAAAGGCUUGAUUGUAAUGCGAAUCGUAGGAUUCCUGUUAAGGGGUCUAGCUAUGGAUUUGGCUCAGAAGUUUAUUCAGGUUUAGACUUAUGGCCCACGUACCGAUACAUAUCUCCUGCCUUUAUUUUCUUUCUCAAUGUUCAGACAACGAAAUUUGCAUUCAACCGUCGGUGCGGAUGAUGGAAGAGUUCAUACAAUGUGUUUUGGCGCCUCCAUUGGGGACCAGACCGCCUUGUCAGGAAGAAGACGACGUCGACGACAAUGAUGAUCGUGUGGUUUGUCUUUCUUUUCUUCAAAAAGAACGUUCCAGGUGAUUUUCAGCUUUUUAACGAUCUCCUGACUCCGUUAUCGCAGAUGAUGUGCUACAACAUCGGACACUUUACACGCUCCAUGAUUGCGUAAGACACAUUUUCUUUCUUCUCCUACCGAUUUCACUGAAGAACUCUUCGUGGAACGAGCUCGGAGCUGAAGCAAAUGGCCGGCAGCAACGACGUCUCGCGGAUGCCAACAUGGCAGGAAGACCAACACUGGCUCAUGCUGAUCCUGGGUGAGGUCCUUCGAGAGAAGGAUGACGAAGGAGGUUUGCAGCCAACUCUGUGGUCGGCGAAGAGGAAGAUGGAUCCUGUCACUUGGCUUCGGAAGUCGUCGAGUUCAGCGCGGAUCUCUUGAAAGCAGGCACCGUUUUCGAGUUUUUCCUUUUGUUUUGCGUGGGCUUCAUCGCACUUUUUCAGCGAAGAACCGAAAAAAGCCUUUCUGAACAUGUGUAUAUUGAAUCCAACGGACGACAGAUCCGUCUACGACCAGCGAGUCAACCCCUUCAUUCUGUACGUUUCUGAGUGGCGUCUUUGAUCCGAAACUCAUUAAGAUUGAUGGGUGAACUACUUUCCUGGGCAUCGCUGGAGCACCAACUCUUCACCUCGGCCUCUGGCGAAAUGAUCAGUCCGGAGUUGUGUCGCUCGACUUUGUUCGCCCUGAAGAGGUUCAUCAACGCCGCCGGUUCCUGUUCUAGUGAAGUUGCUUACCAUCCGGAGACUCUCCACUCAAGCAGUCCCUUGCAGGAUGUGAACAAUUUGCCGCUGGUCAUGCCGAAAGAUGCCGAAUUUUCGCUGACUUUAGUCGAGUUUGUCAUUCACAAGGUGUUCACGGUGCUGGCGAAGUUCAGCGGAGAGGCCAAGUUCGAUCCGGACUCGAUUCUGCUAGAAGAUGUUCUUUUCAGACUUUGCAAAGACGCGAUAGCGACUCUUGUGGGCCUCGUAGAAUCCUACGCCUCAGUUAUUGCGUCUUCUUCUGUUUUCUUUGAUUACCUCAGCAAUUUCGACAUUUCUCAGAUACCUAAUCGGUUGGUUGGUCCAAGAAUUAUGUAUUUUGGGAUUUUUUUUUAAUUAUGAAACAACAUCAGGUCAAAAAAAAAAGAGUGGAGGGUCGAAAAAAAAACGGAUUUGGUACAAAUUUGUGAAAAAGAACUUCUGAAAAAUCCUAACUUCCCUUUCAACUUAUUUCAAGUUUUCUCUUAUCAUACAACUACUCUUCCAUGUACAUAUAAUCUGAACUCUGAAGUCAAGUUUUCCUAUAAAUCUCACGAACACACGAAAAGUCACCUUUGCGGAAAAAAAUCCAAGGCAUAUCUGUUUUUAGAACACGUACAUUUUUAAUAUUCCGUGACAUUUUAAAUGCGGAAGAUUCUUAACGGAUUCAGGACGAAUCUCAUGCGAGCUUUGGUUCUAAUUGGGGCGUCGGCCAACGACGCGCAGCUCCAAGAAAAUAUGUUCAACAUGGUGAGCCCUUAUUGGGGAGUUGAACCAAAGUGAAGAAGCUUGGUCGCCACAAAGCAUUCGUUUUUUGAGAUUUGGUAGAGUCCUUGGAAAAGAGUUUGGAAAAAUGUCUUUUCACGAACUAUAGUGAAAACUUUUUUUCAGAACCCGUCAAGGAAGAAAGUCGACAUCAUUUAUAUUGAACGGCGUUUGCUGUACAAAUUUAGAGCUACAAGUCUUCCAAUUGUCUAAAUUUUCUUGUUUUCCUCUGUCUUUCAAAACUUUUUCGACUGUAGCUUUAUUCAUUAGACUUUUCUCGAGAGCGUCCUGCACUACUGAGAAGUAAAUAAAUACAUAAAUGCUUGAAUCAGUUUGACGAAUCGAAAAUUUUUUUCAAUCAGAAAUGUUUUAGAGGUUUUUCAUCGAUUCGUUUUUCAGAUUUUGGCGCCAUUAUGUCAGCGGUUCGCAGAACUGUCGGAAAAGCCGUCGUCGAGUGACGUGGACUCGGGUCUCGUCGACCUGUUGCAGUGCUUCGAAGGCGUCGCCCGCGGCAGCCAGAGCCACUCGGCCCUUGUCUUGUUCCGUCCGUUAGCCAUGUCUUCCAGCAAGACUUGUCCUCCUUGCAGAAUUCCUGCACCCCGUCCUGCAACGAUGCGUAGGCCUGAUGCGGACAAGAGCUCACGCUCAGGCUGUCGUCAGCACCAUCCUCGAGUUGUUGUUGAACGUCACUACCAAAGUCUCCAUCUACAUCGACGAGGUCAGACUAUCUCCAUGUCGCGAAAAGUUCUUCUCGGGUUCAGGCCGAUUCGAGCCGACUUUACGAGACACUGUUGCAAAUCAUCGAUGGCUACAGACUGGAGCAUACUCAAAGACUCGUCAGUUUGACGGAGUGCGAUGAGGAAAAAGCCGGUGAUUUGGUGGGAACUUUUCUAUUUAACGAGAACUUUUUUAGUUUUCUCUACUUUGUACAAUUUUUUUCGUUUACGAGGUCUCGUUCUGAAAACUUGUAGAAAGAAAAAAAAAACGCAAAAUAUGUGGUGCAAGUCAGUCUGCUUUUCAGAUUAAAAGCCGCAUUUUGAGGAAUUUCGAUAAAUUGUUAUAUUUUUGAUUUAAUUUCAAAUGUUUAUUCGCCAUUCCGCAAUCUGCACGAAAAUACAGAAAAUAAAACAUCAAAUAAAUCAAAUAAAUCUAACAGCUGAUCUGUGGAAACGGCUGGAGGAAAAGAUUGUCUGUAUAGACGGUGCUAACCCCCAUUUGGUAUUUAAGUUUGUACUUUGUUAUUUAAUAAGUUAGAAUUUUCCUAGAUUUUAGUAGGAUCUAGUGUUUUUAAAAACGAUGUGUUCGAUUCGAACCAUGAGGUGAGCAUAAUCCGAAACUUGCCGAUUUUGUAUUCAAUGGUAGUUUCUCUCUACAGUUGGUUCCAAAUGGGUAUGACUCUAUAAUUUAGGAAGCGUUGUUUGAUCAAUCAUUCAUUGAUUGACCAAGUCUCAUUCCAUUUCCUCUGAGUUAUUUCUACUCGAACUUUGAAAAGAAAGAUUAAUAAUCGUGAUUAAAAAACCUCCCUUUCCCUUGGGCUUGACUAGCUGUUGUGUAAGAAUAAAUUCUUUGUUUCAAAAAAAAGAAAACUAGAAUUUUCAGAUUCUUUUCAUCGAGAUACUUUCCAAUGUUCUGUCAAAAGACAUCCUAUCGAAUGAAACGGAUCGAGUCUCCACCGGCGCGCAGGUCUUUCUCCUACUGACUCUUCAGUCCCUGCAAUCAACAGUUUAGGUGACGAUGGAGUCGUUGAAGAUGCUGCUCACAGUCAUGAAUGAGAAUGUCGUGCGGCUGCCUGAAGUGGCGCUCAAGUUCUAUCGCCUCAUCUUGUAUCUGGUCGAGUUUUCGCCCGAGGCACUCACGACCAUGUCCUCCGACCUGCUCGCUUCGUUGUGCGAAUGCAUUAAGGUGAGUUGACUCGGCAACACUUCGAAGCACACUUCUGUCUGCAGCUCGGCAUGACUGGCAGCUUUGGAAACGAAAUUACGUCAACUUCAUUGGAAGCACUAACUGAGGUACAUUUUUUCGUUUUUCGGGAAGAAAAGUUUGUGAAGAAAUUAUUUUUGUUCAAAAAAACAGGUUUUAUUUAUCGUUUUCAUAAUCGCUGUACUUUUUUUUGAUGUAAUGAAGAAAAAUAUUUUUGAAGCAGCUAUUCGUUUGAAUUUCGAACCAUUGCAAACAUGUCAAUGUCCUUGUUUGGGAAAAGUUUUUCUGAUUGCUUCGACGUUCUUAAAGGCACAUAAGUUUAUUGUCAAAAAUCUGAGCCAUUCAGUUUUUGCGCGCUGAAAUGUGCUCUUUUCGGCUCAAGCGCAGCUCUUCGAGAAGGAAUAGUUGGAAAAAAAAAAGCUCGGCUUCAAAAAUGUAUUUGAAGACUCGAAUAAGAAUAAAAAUAAAAGUAAAAACUCGUUGAAAAUUUGAAAGGUGCCAAUGAGCAAAAUUUGAUGGAAAAACAAUUUUUGAAUUUAACGUUUUUAGGUAGCAAAACACUUUUCCCAAGAGGUAAAUCGGUCACGGGUGACUGCCAACCUGGUGGAUCAAUUCCAUUUGUUGCUCCCCUUGGUCUUCGAAACGUGUCUCAGCUUCACUUGCGAGACGAGCAUUUUCAGCGAGGCUUGCAGCGCCCUCUACAUGAUCAUCUCUUUCGACUUUGUUCGUGUUCGCGACAUCAAAACGGGAACUUUCGACUGUUUCAGGACUUCUACCAGCGAUUCGUCGAGGAUUUGCUGACGAAGAAGAGCAACCAAGCCGCCGCCAACGUCAUCAGAAACGCCUUCGCCGAGUUGAUGCCUUCCCCGCCAGUGCAAGUGAGACGCGAGAGGUUUGUUUUCAUUGGAAAUAUUGGAAAUUCGUUCUUUUCUACUCGUCCACUAAACACAACCAUAAUGUUCAGGGUUCUAUUUCGCGGCCGCAUGGAAGCUUUCCUCAAUAAAGUUCAGGGAAUAUUGUCUUACAAUUGA